UAGUAAAACUAAGAUGUCUGCGCCCAUGCAAAAAUGACAAAUUUCAUAGAGUUUUGCGUUAUUUUAGCUCAUUUUACCAUAAUUUAUGGAUUUGAUGAUGCUCAUCUUGCAUCAAAGGCAAAGGCUGAUCAGAUAGAACGAACGAGAUGUGGAUAUAAUCUGAUGAAACUAUGGACAGCUGAAAUUGCCCAUUCCCCAUUUGCAGCAGCCCCACUGAUAACUGAUGUAGAUGGAGAUGGUAGACUUGAUAUUAUAGCUGCUCCACUAAGUGAGUCUAAAACAGUAGUUGAGGCAGAGAAUGGUAAAACACUUACUGAAUCCAGGUGGCCAACACAAAAACUAGAUACAUCGAUUUUGGCUUCACCACUACAGUUUGACAUAGAUGGAGAUGGUAUGCUAGAUAUACUGUUUGUAACAUUUUCUGGUGACAUAUUAUUUUAUACACCAAAUGGAACUGCCAUAAAGGACAAGUUUAUGGAGAUAGCACCAGGGUAUGUGAAGGAAGAUUGGUAUAAACAAGUGGUGUCGGUAUCUGGGGAUGAUAUCAAAACAUAUGUAAAGGAAGCCAGUGAUAGUGUUAAACAUGACAAGAGUUACCUCCCUGUUGAUGCCCAUGUUAUGGCUACCCCAGUGAUUGCUGAUAUCAACAAUGACAACAAGUUAGAAGAGUUAAUCAUUCCAGUUUCCUAUUACUUUGAUGAUGAAGAUUACAGACUUUCAGAAAAUUUUGAGCAUAUAAACAACAUAAAUGAGACAGAGUUAGGAAAGUAUGUUGUAUCAGGAAUCACCAUUGUUAACCUAAGAGAGAUGAAGGUUCUUCAAACAAUCUUCCUUGAUCUUACUACAAAAGUAUCGGGGUUUCCAGCUUAUGUCUUGUUCACACCAACUGUGAUAGAUAUGGACAGAAAUGGCGGCCAUCUUGAAAUUGUAUUAGGAACGUCUGCAGGAAAUGUACAUGUCAUUGAGACUGAAGGGGAGUUUAAAGACAGGAAAGGCUUUCCAUACAGUAUGGGAAUCAUUCAUGGACAGUUGACAGUAGCUGAUGUAAACAGGGAUGGUACGUUGGAGAUUAUAGCUAUAGAUACAAGUGGUAAUGUUAUAUGUUUAAAUGAUGAUGGUACGAUAACAUGGGAGGCGAAGGUGUCCGGAGAUAAUUCUCCUGGCAGCAGACUGCUAGACGUAGAUGGUGACGGUUAUGUUGAUAUUAUCAUUCCUACAAAUGAAGGAGAUGUGUUUGCAAUAAAUGGCGUGACUGGAAAGGUAUUAGAUAAAUGGCCAAUCAAAACUGGACACCCAAUUUUAUCAAAUAUUUUAGUAACAAAAGUUUCAAAUACAAGGAAAGAUUUAGACAUGGUGUUUUUAUCUAAUGAUGGGGCACUUCAUGUGGUUUCAACAGAUCAGACUUGCAGAACUCACUUCCCUAUUGGAGAAACCUCAUUGGUGCAAAUAUUGUCACAUGACCUUGUUGUCCAAUCAGAAGGCCUUGAACUAUUAAUAGCAACUAAUGACGGAACACUUAUUUGCAUGGGAAGUGGUGAAGAGACAUCUAUUGACACAUUUCAAGAUGAUGUUUACAAACAUACACAUGCACUUGCAUUGCCAUCAGAAACUAAAUCUCCAAAUGAUUUUCUAUUUGCAGAUAAAAAGUUUGGUGUGUAUAUCCUAGAGAGUAGCAGGAAUAGGGUUGAAAUUACUGGCAGUAUGUUCCACAUAGACUUUGUUAUAACAGACCCUACAUAUGUUAAAACAAAUGAGAGAACUUCAUUGUAUACUUUAAAAGUAUUAUUUGGGAGCAACCUUCUGCUAAGAGGUGUAUAUUCUAACCCUGGUGCAUACAGUAUAUUUGUGGACUCCUUCCCUAAACCAAGCCAUGGUCAUGUGACACUUAUUUUAACCAAUAAAAAUGGUCUAAUUGCUCAAGAUGGUUUUGCUGUAAGGUUUAAUCAGAUAAUUUUAGAGGAUUUACAGUGGUUAUUAAUGGCACCAUUUGUUACAAUGGUGAUUAUUUUACUUGUAAAUCAUGGAUUCCCAGCCAAAGACUUAUUACCAGUGACAUUCCAAUCCAAGGAUAGAUAGCAUUUGUACUUUUUAGUUUAAACUUUAUUUAAUAAACCUUCAGUGCAGGGUUUUAAAAUAUUACAUUUUUAUUUUCUGUGAAGCUACACAUGUGGAGGACAACUUCUUUGAGAUUGAAGGCUUAAAAGAUGUUUGUUAUAAACAGACUUCAGACAAAUUUAAUUUACUUUACCAAGAAAUGUGUAUGGUGUUGGAAAAAGUACUUGCAGUGUAAGGCCAUGGUGAAAUAUUUUUAGAAUGACUGUCAAGAAGUGUUUGAAGAUAACUUUUAUGUUGAUUAGUGUGGGAACAAAAUAUACAUUCAUACUGAACUAUUCGUUAUAACAUAAAUGAAUAAUCUGUCAAUCAUGUGUUAUAAAUAAUAUACAGGAUAACAUAACAUGGUUAAAAUCUAAGUCCAUAGUGGCAUUUUAAGCUCACCAGAAUUGAUGUCUCAAGAAUAGCUUAAUGCUGUGUCUCUUAUAAUUGACAAUAAUUAUUGUUAAUUUUGCUAUAUGUACCUGAUUGAUUUAUUUCAGGGUGGCUAUGUAACAUCCUUUUGAGCCUCUGACUAAAGUUGUUACUUAUUAUUAUACAAUAAUGGCCUUUUUAAGGGGCCAUCUAAGCUGUAUUGGAAAAGUUUUUUAAGAAAAACUUGUGGACAAAAGGAUCAUCGCACACUUGUUCUGUGGCAACUGUAGAACAUUGACGAGACAAUUUGGUUAACUGCUAUAUAAGGCAAAAGAAAUGUUGAACAAUCUCCCAGCUUCUGAAUUUGUUCAACACUUGACUUGAUAUAAUCACUGUUUAUGAAGCGUUACUGCUAAAACUACCAAUAGAAGUAGAACUGGAAAAUGUCUCGAGAUCAACUUCUUAGGAAUCUAUGCAAUAUAAAUCUGGUGAGCUAUGCUGGGCUUAGUCUUCUAAGAUAAGCCUUUGUUGGUCUGUCCUGUUGUCUGUAGACUGACAAAACAUUGGAAUAUGGGGGCAUCUGUCACUAUUGGCAGAUUUCCAGUUUAAAUGUGUUUUAUUUUGAUAAGGUUUGUAUUUAAUAAUAUUUAAAUUUCAGUGCAACUUGACAAUAUUGUUUUCUGUGACAUGAAAUAUGUGUCUUGUUUAUUGAGUGGGCUCAAGAGAGUAAAAUAAGAACAUCUUUCUGUAGAAACAAUAGACUUGUGUGAUAUAUUUUGCUUGAGGUACAGUAUAUUUCAUGUGAGAUACAAUAAUCCAGUGAUUUAUGCAAUGUUUGAAUAUUGUGUUUAUGUGUUACAAGACCAGAUUGAGUCAUAAUAAUUUUUGUGUUCAUGUGACAUAAUCAUUGCCUCAUGACUAUUUUACAUGUGUUUACUUUGUAGAUGUGAUAACAUUAUUGAUAUGUAAUAAAACAUUAUUGAUAUGUAAUAAAUUAUGAAACUACA